AUGGCGCUGCGGCUUGAAGUGUCGACGAUGGCUGGCUCCACUGUCAACAUCUAUGCAGACCCAGAAGGAUCUGUGCUGGACGUGCUGCUUGAGGCGGAAAAUGGCCUGCAGCAUAUGAUACACCACCUCGUGACUACAGAUGCAUGCGUUCUCAGGGGGGACCAGGCAAUUCUAGCUUCAAACCUACAGGAUGGAGACAUGCUGCAAGCAGUGUUGAUGUCAGAUGACGACAAGAUCCGUACUAUCGCCAAACAGCAUGGUGAGCUCCUCUCGGCAGCUCGUUCGGGAGAGUACGUCAUCAUCAGGCUCCUCACGAAAAAACCGCUUCCAAUGCCAAAUUAUGACAAAAUUGCAACCCACCUCUACCAUUUACCGUCUUUGAGGACCGCGGCUGAACCUCUAUACGCAGCACUGCUGUCUGUAGAAUACAUGGUGAUGUUUGGGCUUGAGCUCAUUUUUGUGGGAGAUCAAGAAAUUGAGCUGAGGCAUGUUGGCGGCCGAGGCGACCCCGACCUUGAAUUCGACGAUGGUCUCAUCUACGACACUGUCUGGCGAACUGCACUUGGCGACUUGCGGAGCCCAUCGAAUCAGAGCAUUCUUCAAGAGAUAGAGCAGCAGGCGCUCAGGCGGAAAUUCGGUUGA